AUGUCCUGCUUCUCCUCUCGCCUGAGCGCCUUCAGCUGCGCCUCGGCCUGCGGGCCCCGGCCCGGCCGCUGCUGCGUCUCCGCCGCCCCCUACCGCGGCGUCUCCUGCUACCGCGGCCUCUCCGGGGGCUUCGGCAGCCGCAGCGUCUGCGGGGCCUUCCGCUCGGGCUCCUGCGGACGCAGCUUCGGCUACCGCUCCGGGGGCGUCUGCGGACCCAGCCCGCCCUGCAUCACCUCCGUGUCCGUCAACGAGAGCCUGCUCGCGCCCCUCAACCUGGACAUCGACCCCAACGCGCAGUGCGUGAAGCACGAGGAGAAGGAGCAGAUCAAGGGUCUCAACAGCAGGUUCGCGGCCUUCAUCGACAAGGUGCGCUUCCUGGAGCAGCAGAACAAGCUGCUGGAGACCAAGUGGCAGUUCUACCAGAACCGCAAGUGCUGCGAGAGCAACCUGGAGCCGCUGUUCGAGGGCUACAUCGAGACGCUGAGGCGGGAGGCCGAGUGCGUGGAGGCCGACAGCGGGAGGCUGGCCGCGGAGCUCAACCACGUGCAGGAGACCAUGGAGGGCUACAAGAAGCGGUAUGAAGAGGAAGUGGCACUGAGAGCCACUGCUGAGAAUGAAUUUGUGGCCUUGAAGAAGGAUGUGGACUGUGCUUACCUGCGCAAGUCAGACCUGGAAGCCAACGUGGAGGUGCUGAUCCAGGAGAUUGACUUCCUGCGGAGACUAUAUGAGGAGGAGAUCCGGGUCCUCCAUGCCCACAUCUCAGACACCUCGGUCAUCGUCAAGAUGGACAACAGCCGGGACCUGAACAUGGACUGCAUUGUGGCUGAGAUCAAGGCUCAGUACGAUGAAAUUGCCACCCGCAGCCGGGCUGAGGCCGAGUCCUGGUACCGCAGCAAGUGCGAGGAGAUCAAGGCCACGGUGAUCCGGCAUGGGGAGACCCUGCGCCGCACCAGGGAGGAGAUCAACGAGCUGAACCGCAUGAUCCAGAGGCUGACGGCCGAGAUCGAGAACGCCAAGUGCCAGAACACCAAGCUGGAGGCGGCGGUGACCCAGUCGGAGCAGCAGGGCGAGACGGCCCUCACUGACGCCCGCUGCAAGCUGGCCGAGCUGGAGGCCGCCCUGCAGAAGGCCAAGCAGGACAUGGCCUGCCUGCUCAAGGAGUACCAGGAGGUGAUGAACUCCAAGCUGGGCCUGGACAUCGAGAUCGCCACCUACAGGCGCCUGCUGGAGGGCGAAGAGCACAGGUUGUGUGAAGGUGUCGGCGCUAUAAAUGUCUGUGUCAGCAGUUCCCGGGGCGGGGUUGUGAGCGGCGACUUGUGCGUGUCAGGCUCUCGGCCAGUGACAGGCAGCGUGUGCGGCGCCCCGUGCAGCGGGAACGUGGCAGUGAGCACCGGCCUGUGCGCGCCCUGCGGCCAGAGCUGUGGCAGCGGCCGCUCCGUGCGGUUUGCCUAACACCAGCCAGCUUCGCAAGUCACAGCUCUGCUUCGCCAAGGCCCCUGACUCCAGCAGCAUUCCCCAGGCCCCAAACGCCCAACUUGAAGAGGAAGGACUGCAGGAGCCAGUGGCCUGAACUGGCCGCACUACUCAGCACUACCCCCCCCCCCCCCCGUUCCUGUCGCAUGCUUGCUCUGCUCCUGGAAGCGUCUAAAAGACUGACAAAGACCCAGUACCAGUUGGGCCACCCUGGGGACUUGGGCACCUAUGUCCUCUGAGGGACAAACUGGCCCCCAAGGCCCCUGCCUCCUCCACCUCCAAAGCAAGAUAUGAUGACCAGCUGUAUUGUAUUGCCCCUUACCAGGGGCCACCUUCCAGCUGCCUGGGCUCCUCUGCUUGGACACUAUGUUUCUAAUAAAGCUCACAGUCAUGAA